UUGUCGACUUCUCUCUCUAGGUUAACCUCUGUAGAAUUUUCAACUUAUUUUAAUAAUAUGGCAAAGAAAUCUGCUGCAGUUAUUAUUGCUGAAGGUACAGAAGAUAUGGAAUUUGCAGUCUCAGUUGAUGUUUUGAGGCGAGCAGAAAUUGAUGUAUCAAUUGUCAGCUUGGAAAAUGCAGACUCUGUAAAAUUGAAGACAGGCAAGGUUGUUCCAGACACAGUACUGAAAAGCAUUGCUGGUAAAUGUUUCGAUGCUGUGGUCCUGCCUGGAGGUCCUGCUUAUAAGGCAUUGAGCAAGGCCCCAGCUGUAGGAGAUAUUCUAAAGGAACAAGAGAAAUCUGGCCGUUUGAUUGCUGCCAUAUGUGCUGCUCCAUAGUGCUUUCAACCUUCGAUGUUGGCUCAUAAAGAUGAACUCAAUAAGGAUAAAUAUUCUUUUGUGAAUGAAAUAGUUGCUGAAGACGGAAAUAUCAUCACUAGUCAAGGACCUGGAACAGCUUAUGACUUUGCUCUGGCAGUUGUUGCCAAAUUGCUGGGAAAGCCUACUGCAAAGAAAGUUGCUGAAGAAAUGCUUUACAAAUAUGUCUGAUGAAAAAAUAAUAAA